GAAGCACCGAAGCGAAACUUAAAUAGAGAACCUGCCCUCCUGAAGCUGCUGGCGAUGCGACUCGCGCCACUGGGCGCUGCCGCCGUUUGCCCGGCUUCGCCCUUCGCGGUGGUCGGGAACUAGUUCUCAUCCUCGGCGCGGCCCCCGAAUCCCCGCCCUCCACCCCUCGGCACUCUGGAUAUGUUUUCGCCCGUACCUGGAUAUUUUUUUGAUAUUGUGAAACUACGAGGGGAAUAACUGGGGAUUUCGUCUCAGCUCCCUGCCUUCCCCACGGACAUGCCUUCAAUUUGGGGGGCCGCGAGGCACCCCGUCCUAGGCGAGUGAACCCCCCUCCCCCCAGCCUCGAGGGAAGAAAAUGAAGGCAGUUUCUGCAGCGGAAUGAAAGCUCUGCAGCUAGGUCUUCUCAUCUGCCAUUUGUCCUUUCAAACUGCAUCGUAAUAUACGGGCAGGACGAGUCCGACGAGCGCCACGCUGAGCCUCGCGGGCAUUUCUCCGCCCGUAUUUACUUUCCACAGUCCUUUUCUUUGCUCUUUUGCUUCUUGGCUGGCCACAGGAUGACUUCGUCGCUGCAGUGUCCUCGGCGGGUGCCUUCGCUGCUGUGGGCCGUCCUGCUGGUCAGCUCGGCGGCCGCUUCCCAGAAUCAAGAACGGUUAUGUGCAUUUAAAGAUCCAUAUCAACAAGACCUUGGGAUAGGUGAGAGUCGAAUCUCUCAUGAAAAUGGGACAAUAUUAUGCUCAAAAGGUAGCACCUGCUACGGCCUUUGGGAGAAAUCAAAAGGGGACAUAAAUCUCGUAAAACAAGGAUGUUGGUCUCACAUUGGAGAUCCCCAAGAAUGUCAUUAUGAAGAAUGUGUAGUAACCACCACCCCUCCAUCAAUUCAGAAUGGAACAUACCGUUUCUGCUGCUGUAGCACAGAUUUAUGUAAUGUCAACUUUACUGAGAAUUUCCCACCUCCUGACACAACACCACUCAGUCCACCUCAUUCGUUUAACCGAGAUGAGGCAAUAAUCAUUGUUUUAGCAACAGUGUCUGCAUUUGCUGUUUUGAUCGUUGCCUCAUGCUUUGGAUACAGGAUGCUGACAGGAGACCGUAAACAAGGUCUUCACAGUAUGAACAUGAUGGAGGCAGCAGCAUCAGAACCCUCUCUUGACCUAGAUAAUCUGAAACUGUUGGAGCUAAUUGGCCGGGGUAGAUAUGGAGCAGUGUAUAAAGGUUCCUUGGAUGAGCGUCCAGUUGCUGUAAAAGUGUUUUCCUUUGCGAAUCGUCAGAAUUUUAUCAAUGAGAAGAACAUUUACAGAGUGCCUUUGAUGGAACAUGACAACAUUGCUCGCUUUAUAGUUGGAGAUGAGAGAGUCACUGCUGAUGGACGCAUGGAGUAUCUGCUUGUGAUGGAGUAUUAUCCCAAUGGCUCUCUGUGCAAGUAUUUGAGUCUCCAUACAAGUGAUUGGGUAAGCUCUUGCCGACUAGCUCAUUCUGUAACCAGAGGACUGGCUUAUCUUCACACAGAAUUACCACGAGGAGAUCAUUACAAGCCUGCAAUUUCCCAUCGAGAUUUAAACAGCAGAAAUGUCCUGGUGAAAAAUGAUGGAACCUGUGUUAUUAGUGACUUUGGGUUGUCUAUGAGGCUGACUGGAAAUAGACUUGUGCGCCCAGGGGAAGAAGAUAAUGCGGCCAUAAGUGAGGUUGGCACAAUCAGAUACAUGGCACCAGAAGUACUCGAAGGAGCUGUGAACCUGAGGGACUGCGAAUCAGCAUUGAAACAAGUAGACAUGUAUGCGCUUGGACUCAUUUAUUGGGAGAUAUUUAUGAGAUGCACAGACCUCUUCCCAGGUGAAUCUGUUCCAGAGUACCAGAUGGCCUUUCAAACAGAAGUGGGAAACCACCCCACUUUUGAAGACAUGCAGGUUCUGGUGUCCCGAGAAAAACAGAGGCCUAAAUUCCCAGAAGCCUGGAAAGAAAAUAGCCUGGCGGUGAGAUCACUCAAGGAGACCAUCGAAGACUGUUGGGACCAGGAUGCAGAGGCUCGGCUUACUGCUCAGUGUGCUGAGGAGAGGAUGGCUGAACUUAUGAUGAUAUGGGAAAGAAACAAGUCUGUGAGCCCAACAGUCAAUCCAAUGUCUACUGCUGUGCAGAACGAGCGCAACCUGUCCCAUAAUAGACGUAUGCCAAAGAUUGGCCCCUACCCAGAUUAUUCUUCUUCCUCAUACAUUGAAGACUCUAUCCAUCACACUGACAGCAUUGUGAAGAAUAUUUCCUCUGAGCAUUCAAUGUCCAGUACACCUCUGACUAUAGGAGAAAAGAACCGAAACUCAAUUAACUAUGAACGACAGCAAGCACAAGCUCGAAUCCCCAGCCCUGAAACAAGUGUUACCAGCCUGUCCACCAACACAACAACCACAAACACCACUGGCCUCACUCCAAGUACUGGCAUGACCACUAUAUCUGAGAUGCCUUACUCAGAUGAAACAAGUCUACAGGCCACAAAUGUUGCACAGCCAAUUGGGCCAACCCCUGUCUGCUUACAACUGACAGAGGAAGACUUGGAGACCAACAAGCUAGACCCAAAAGAAGUUGAUAAGAACCUCAAGGAAAGCUCUGAUGAGAAUCUCAUGGAACAUUCUCUUAAACAAUUCAGUGGGCCAGAUCCACUGAGCAGUACCAGUUCUAGCUUGCUUUACCCACUCAUAAAACUUGCAGUAGAAGUGACUGGACAGCAGGACUUCACACAGGCUACAAAUGGCCAAGCAUGUUUAAUUCCUGAUGUCCCAUCUACUCAGAUUUAUCCUCUCCCAAAGCAACAAAACCUUCCUAAGAGACCUACCAGUUUGCCUUUGAACACCAAAAAUUCAACAAAAGAGCCCCGGCUGAAAUUUGGCAGCAAGCACAAAUCAAACUUGAAACAAGUAGAAACUGGAGUUGCCAAGAUGAAUACAGUCAAUGCUGCAGAACCUCAUGUGGCAACAGUAACCAUGAAUGGAGUGGCAGGUAGAAACCACAUUAACUCACAUGCUGCCACAACCCAGUAUGCCAAUGGGGUAGUACCAUCUGGCCAGACGGCCAACACAGUGGCACAUAGGGCCCAAGAAAUGCUGCAGAGUCAAUUCAUUGGUGAGGAUACCCGGCUGAAUAUUAAUUCCAGUCCUGAUGAACAUGAACCUUUACUGAGACGAGAACAACAAGCUGGCCAUGAUGAAGGUGUUCUGGAUCGUCUUGUAGACAGGAGGGAACGGCCCCUAGAAGGUGGCCGAACUAAUUCCAAUAAUAACAACAGCAAUCCAUGUUCAGAACAAGAUAGUCUUACCCAGGGUGUUCCAAGCACAGUAGCAGAUCAUGGACCAUCAAAGCCCAGAAGAGCACAGAGGCCUAAUUCUCUGGAUCUUUCAGCCACAAAUAUCCUAGAUGGCAGCAGUAUGCAGUUAGGUGAAUCAACACAAGAUGGCAAAUCAGGAUCAGGUGAAAAAAUCAAGAAACGUGUGAAAACUCCCUAUUCUCUUAAGCGGUGGCGCCCUUCCACCUGGGUCAUCUCCACUGAACCACUGGACUGUGAGGUCAACAACAAUGGCAGUGACAGGGCAGUUCAUUCCAAAUCCAGCACCGCUGUUUACCUUGCAGAAGGAGGCACUGCCACAACCAUGGUGUCUAAAGAUAUAGGAAUGAACUGUCUGUGAAAUAUUUUAAGUCUACGGAGUGAAAUUAUUUUUUGCAUCAUUUAAACUGAAGACAUUUAAAAAACUGCUUUGUCCUCCUGUCAACACCCCCUCCCAUCCUUCAACAAGGACUUGCUUUAAAUAGAUUUCAGCUAUGCAGAAAAUUUUAGCUUAUGCUUCCAUAUUUUUUAAUUUUUUGUUUUUAAGUUUUGCACUUUUGGUCAGUCUCGCUAAAGUUAUAUUUGUCUGUUAUGACCACAGAAUUAUAUGUGUGUAUAUCAAAAGUGGUCUCAAAUAUUUUUUUAAGAAAAAAAAAAAGCAAAAGCAGUGUAUUGCUGAUAAUCAGUUUGGUCCCAUUUGUAAAGGUCAUUAUAACAGAAGCAAAUUAAGACAUGUUUGACUGCA